GAAGGAGAUGACUUUUGUUCAGAGGAUGAAGAAGUUGCCAUAAAAAAACAAGAAUUCAACCAUCGCAAGAUCAAUCGAUUUAAGAGAAAAGAAAGGCUCUUGAAUUAUUUAACACAGACAAUUAAAUUAUUACGGGACAACAAAUGUGAUUAUGCUGCUUGUAAUAAUCUCAAAGAAACGUGUUUCCAUAAAGCAGCUAAAUACGGUUAUUUUGAUUUGAUCGAGGCUCUCAUCAAAAGUGAUUGCAAGCUUAGUGAAAGUAUCAAUGAAGAUGACAAUACAUUAUUGCAUCUUAUAGUCAGACAUACACCCAAAAGGUGCUCACAGUUAUUGCCAAGUCUGAAAAACAAUGAAGAUGCUAUUAGACGACUCACAAACAUGAUGAAAGUUCAGAAUCGAUCGGGAGAAGUCCCAUUAGCAUCAGUAUUACUGAAUUACAAAUCUCUUGAUAAAGAUGAACAAGAAGUAAAUUUGAUUGAUUUCAUGGUCAACACGCUUCAAGCUGACGUUAGAAUAAAUGUUCCUCUGGACAAUAUUAAAACUGAAACUUGUAUCAACUUUGUGAUCAAAUACUGUACUCCUGAGAUUGUCUCUAUUAUCCAAAAAAGACUGGACUUCUUGAAUAAAAAUUCACCCCUACCACCAACACCAACACCAGCACCGGUACCUCCACCGCCUCCUUCUUCAUCAGCUCCCGUUACUACGAACAGUUCAACUCCAUCUACGACAACAAGCACAACUGUUGCUGUUACUUCACCUUCUAAAAUUGUAACUACUUCAUCUAAUGUCACUCAAGUAAUUUCAGCAGUUACGCCAGUUUUAUCUAACUCAACAACUCCAAUUGCUGCAACAAAUCUAACUUCUACAACAAAUUCAAAACAAAUCUCUGCUCCUUCAACUGAAGUUAACAUUUCUCCACCUUCUGUGGUGAAAACUUCACCUCCUAAAAUUACUGUAGCUACAACUUCUAAUGUCACUACAAUAACUACAAUAACUACUGCAGCUACAACAGUUCUUUCAAACUCUACAGCUUCAACUUCUCCAGUCAUUGUAUCGACUACAACAAAUCAAACCUCCACGACAAAUUCAAAACAAGUUUCUACUCCAACAACUGAGCUGAGUGCUUCUCCAACUUCCAACGUAAAAAAUUCUUCUCCUAAAACUACUGUGGCAACAACUUCUGUUGUCACCUCGGUAAAUUCAACAGCUACAACAGUUAUUUCAAACUCGACAGCACCAACUCCUCCGAUUACUGCACCGAUUGCAACAAAUCCACCAACAACUCCAACCUUAACGACAAAUUCCAAACAAAAUUCUUCACCAGCAACUGAAUUGAGUGUUUCACCUUCUAGCGUGAAAACUUCAGCUCCUAAACAAGUUGCACCACCUGUUCCAACAAACUCAGACUCCGUUGCUCAACCUCUAUCAUCUGACACACCAACUCUUUCAGUACCUGCUGAAAACGGCUCGACUAAGGGAUAGAUGUCGCAUUAAAAGGCGCUGUGGUUUGACCGGUCUACCGAAUUAAAUCAUCUGCCAACUCUUCUUACUUCAUCCUUUAGACUGUACCACUUCUAUCCCUUAACAUCCCCUAAAAUCUGAUAAUUUGUUUAAUAGAUUUCUCUCAUUCGAAAAUAACUUAUGCGUGAAAAAGAGUGAUGGUCAGUUUCCAAAUUUUACAACAUCGAUUUUGCACGUUUUAAUUGUUUUAUCUAAUUUUAUUAAUUAUUUUGCGUCAUCACCUUUUAUGCUUAAUGAAAUGUUUUCAUUUCUUUUUUUUGAUUUUUAAUGAAACAAGUAUGAUAAAAUAGCUCGUGAUCAUGAGAUCUCAAAUCAGCACAAAUUGUCGAGCUCACUUCAGCUGAUAAUUUUUUACACUUGCUUGAUUUCAGCUAAAAACGAAUUGAAUCGAUGUAAAAAUCAAAAUCGACCUAUCGCUUAAAAAAUGUGUAAUUUCUAAUACGAAAUCGUAUUCAAACUAAGAAAUCACUUGCGACCAAAAAAGUAGAACUUCUUUUUCCUUCGAGCAUCUUCAUCUCCAAUUGCAGCCUCUGUUUAUUACGUUUAAUCCUGAAUUCCCUUCCACACAUCAUUCUGGACCUAUUUUCAGCUCUCUUACAAGUCAUCUCUCAUGUAUAUCCCAUUCUUAAUCCUCGUGACUCAGGUAGCACCUUUAUGCUACUCUUUUAAGACCAAUAAAAUCAUGUUUAAGCUGCUCUACAUUAAAA